AUGCAGUCCUCAAGUCGACAACCCCGGAAGUGGACAUUGGCAGAAGAUCAAAAGCUACGAGAGGAAGUUGAGGCUCAGGGUGUAGAGUCGCAGCCAGUCUUCACGGGAGGACGAACAAAGAUUGUCGCAAGAGAUGGCACAACUCCGUCGCGGGAGUACAAGAACACGGGCAAAGAUGGACUCUCGUUGCAAACUGUGUGGAGUCACGGAGUGCAGACCGAUCGCAUCCUUAUCGAGGCAACACAACAGCUUGGAAGGCAUUGGAAAGACAUACAACGCGAGCAUUUCCCAGGGCGAUCAAAGAACACAAUUAAGAACCGCUACACUGUACUCGUCCGAAGAUAUCAAAACCAAGGCAUAUUUCUCCCCAGCCGAGGAAGCUCACCAUCAGACUCCAGCACACCCGGACCUCUCUCGAAUUAUGCUCUAGACGACGAGUACUCGUACCAUGCCUCGAACUCCUACAACACCCUAAUGCCACCUCAACACCACGGCACAUCAGCAGGCAGCCACCGCUCCUGGUCCAGCCUGGACAGCGAAGCAGCCAUUUCCGCAUGGUCGCACCCACCCGACUACUCGCUCCCCAUAAUUUCUCCGACACCCAACAUGACAGGACAACCUCUGCCCGACUACGCACUUACACCCCACCCACACGCACUCACACACUGGGACUGGCCCGCCAACGCAAUGCACGCCCGCUCACCCAUCUCCUACAACGCCCACCCUGCGCCGCAACAUUACGACGACUAUGCAUUGCACCCUCCACUCGCGGCCAGAUCGAAUGCGCGCGCCAGCUAUCCUGGCGUCUUGCCGAACGCGGUGCCGCCUAGUAACCUGCCUAGAGCCCGUGCUUGGUCGGAACAACAGAGCCAUGAUUCGCUCGCGGCCGCGACGUAUGAGGAUCCCGGGCUGCUGCAGCAGAAUCCUUUGUAUCGCUUUUGA